CCUCAGUGUCCUUAGAACAUCUAGUAUUGCAGAAGAACGCAGCAAUGACGUCAAAUCAAAGUUCUGGGCGACUUACAAGAAAGUUGCGGAUGAGUACGACAACGAUUUCCUCGAACGAGCACAUGGUGAUAUAGGGAUUAUCCUGACUUUUGCUGGUCUACUCUCAGCUGCCAUCUGUACAUUCAUCAGUGGAAUGCAGCCCGACUCGGGAGACACUACCAAUGCCCUCUUAGUGCAGCUAAUUCAGGUCACUGUUCACGGAUCAAGUGCUAUACCUGACAUCAGCAAUCUAUCCUCAACUACGCGCUAUCCUUCUUCAACCGCCUGGGCACAGACCCUUGCUUACAUUGCCCUAGCGCUUAGCAUCUUGGCUGCGUUUGGGGCAGUUGUGGGAAAGCAAUGCCUUUAUUCGUUUGAGGCAGCUCGGAAGCGAGGAGGGUCUCUAGAAGAGAGUGGCACGCGGAGGCAGACAAAUUUGGAUGGACUGCAGUAUUUGCGGCUGCGCACUUGCUUGCUUGCAUUCCUUAUGUUCCUCCAGGUUGCGCUACUAUUCUUCAGCGUCUCGCUAUGUCUCAAGACAUGGACCGACCCACUCUCAACAUUCGUUGUCACGGUCUGCACUGCAGCUUUUGUCGUUCUCUUCUAUGCAGGCUCUAUCUUCCUGUUAGCGUGGUGGCAGGAUAACCCUGUACCGAUAUCAAGGACGGAACUAGUUCGAGCGAUUAGUGAAAAAUUUUGUCGUGCAAUCACAUCUACUUCGAGUCCAACUCCUAACAAAUCAUCCCCCAUUCCUGACAAAUCAACACCCAUACGCUGGAUACUAGAGACAUCGACGAACCAGGGAGCUGUCGAGGCUGCGGUUGCGAUGGUACAUCUCACCCAAUGGUUGCCGAACCUUGAUGUUUCAGCAGCCUUCGAACGUUUACGUGACAACUUCGAGGCGAAUUAUGACAAGGAAGAACUAUACGUCAAGUUUGGCAAGGCCAUGGCCCAUUUUUGCAUCCAGCCAGUGAAAAUCGACAAAGCUCUUGUGGACAAACUCUUUCGGCAUGAUAAUUUUCCACUAAUCCGAAGUCGUUUCAUUCGCGAUGCGUUCACGGCUUGCUAUGAUGCCUACUGCCAUCUUAACAAGACACCGCCACUGGAAGAAGACAUGAGGCGGAAGCAUCGGGCCAGUGCGCGCACCGCCCUGAGGACAAUGGUUGUCCACGGACUGGACUUUCACCUUUCACUUCCGGACAAUGAAACAUUGAUUUGGAAUGGUAAUCUGUGCUGGUCUGACAGUGACGGGCGCAAGCCUGACUGUGAAGAAUUUGACUGGCUCGUUGAUUACCUGGCGGACGAAGUAGGGUACGACAAAGCCGAUGAAACAGGUGAUGCUUUGCUUGCGCUGAGCGCGAUACGUGGACUAGGGAGUCCUGCCAAGCAAUCUUCCUACAUCAACUCGCUUAUAUGCUGUAUGAACCAUCGUAAACCUUCCCGAGUCCGGUAUGCCGCGCUUAGGACUGUUUAUGAGGUUCGAGAUGAACUGGUUUCUAUCACCAGUUCUUCGAAACUACCGGAUAUCGACGCAAAACUCCUGGAUAAGCUUUCAGCCGCUCUUCGCGAAGUCAUGGAUCCAAAAUACGACGAUAGAAUUAACGCCUCUCGGGAUCUCAAAUACAUCGACAUCAUCCUUACCAUGACAAAGAAUGACGAGUGGUGUCGACGUCUCGCCGAUAACUACCAUCUUCAGCAAUGCAUUUCUCUAGUCACAGUUGAUGGAGUUCAAAUGUACGAUCGGAAUGCCGGAUUCCACCUUACUGUGAUUAUCGGGCGCCUCUAUACCCCGAGCAAGAAUAAGGUCGCUUUCUACCCGUGUCGUACCCAGAUUGACCCAUGGUGGAAACUCAUCAAAAACACAUGGAUGCACACACGCCAUUAUGUAGGGAAUGAUGAAUACAUCGAUGGCAUACCAGCCCUAGUGACAGCGACUAGAUCUAGAAUUUUUUCGGGGGAGCGGCCAGCAGACGUUACCAGAAAGGUGCAGGAGGCUCUGCAUGAUUUGCAGAAUCCUGACAGACAAGCAACCUUUGUGCAGAGUGGUGUAGCUCAGGCUGCAAUUGACGCUGCAAUACAUUCUGUGCAAGGCUUGUAUAACUAUCUACAUGGUAUGGUCGAGUAACCAAAAACUUCGUAGAUGGACCAUGGAUCUUCGGGGUUGUGAAGGGCGUCUGGAGUCAAGUAUUUUUACACAUGUAUUAUGCAGGUCCAUUUCUAUACAUAGUUCCCCCUGUCCAUGAGGUGGAUGUUGUCUAUUUUGUACUCACAGAAUAGCGACAGUUAUCA